CUGUGCUCUUGACAGAAAGACAGACCUCAAUUCAUUCAUUCAUUACUCAGUUUAAAAAAAAUGUGUUGGAAUUUGGGAAAUAACUAAGUGAUUUAUUAUUAAUUUCUUGUCUUUAUUGAUCAGAAGAUGGCAGAUAUCAAUAGUUUAUUUGAUUGCUUUGAUGAACCGACGCAAAAUGAAUCUUCUAUUCAGCUACCCAACAUCAAGAGUGUAGAGGAAUCUUCGGUGCCAGAGAAGUCAGCCUUGAUAAGCAAAAAGCGUCCACAUGAAGAAGUAAUAUAUGCAGAUACCUCAAAAAAAGUUAAACAGGAUGAUGAAGAUAUCGGAGAAAUCACCAGUGAUAUAAACUUAGAUCUCCUAGCCUCAAGAAUAGUAAUACAUACACUAGAAACACACGAAGGCUGUACCCAUGAAGUUGCAGUACCACCAAACCUCGAGUAUUCACCUCUCUUACCACUCACCACGGAGCCUGCUAAACAGUACAGCUUCAUCCUGGAUCCAUUUCAAAAAGAGGCGAUUAUGUGUAUAGAUAAUCUACAGUCAGUUUUAGUAUCUGCUCAUACAUCUGCAGGGAAGACUGUUGUUGCUGAAUAUGCAAUAGCACUUUCGCUAAAGAACAAGCAGAGGGUAAUAUACACUACACCAAUUAAGGCACUCUCCAAUCAGAAGUAUCGGGAGUUUUCUGAGGAGUUCCACGAUGUUGGUCUCAUCACUGGUGAUGUCACAAUCAAUCCAUCUGCGUCAUGUCUUAUUAUGACUACAGAGAUUCUGCGGAAUAUGUUAUACAGAGGCUCUGAAAUUAUGAGGGAAGUCGGAUGGGUUGUGUUUGAUGAGAUCCAUUACAUGAGAGACAAGGAGAGAGGAGUUGUGUGGGAAGAAACACUGAUCCUCUUGCCGGACAACGUGCACUACGUGUUUCUGUCGGCCACCAUCCCCAACGCGCGCCAGUUCGCGGAGUGGGUGUGCCGCCUGCACACGCAGCCGUGCCACGUGGUGUACACGGAGUACCGCCCCACUCCGCUGCAGCACUACAUAUUCCCCGCCGGCGGUGAUGGUAUCCAUCUUGUUGUGGACGAAAAGGGCCAAUUCAAAGAGGACAACUUCAACACCGCUAUGGCAGUGCUAAGCAACGCCGGGGAGGCGAGCAAAGGGGACCAGCGCGGGCGCAAGGGAGGCAUGCGCGGCAACACCAACACUAACAUAUUCAACAUCGUGAAGAUGAUCAUGGAGAGGAACUUCGCGCCCGUCAUCAUAUUCAGCUUCAGCAAGAAGGACUGUGAGCUGUACGCCAUGCAAAUGGCCAAACUGGACUUUAAUACGAUUGAGGAAAAGAAGCUAGUGGAUGAAGUAUUCAACAACGCUAUGGAUGUGUUAUCCGAGGAAGACCGCAAGCUACCCCAAGUAGAAAAUGUCAUUCCGUUAUUGAGACGCGGUAUUGGCAUACAUCAUGGCGGAUUACUGCCCAUAUUGAAGGAGACUAUUGAAAUAUUGUUCGGCUUGGGACUUAUCAAGGCGCUUUUCGCGACUGAAACAUUCGCUAUGGGCCUCAACAUGCCUGCCAGGACAGUGGUCUUCACUAACUGUCAAAAGUUUGAUGGAAAAGACUUCCGCUUUAUAACCUCGGGGGAGUACAUCCAGAUGUCGGGACGCGCGGGUCGUCGCGGGCUGGACGACAAGGGCAUCGUGAUACUGAUGAUCGACCAGAAGGUGACCCCCAGCGUCGUCAAGGAGAUGGUGCAAGGCAAGGCCGACCCCAUCAACUCCGCCUUCCAUCUCACUUAUAACAUGGUUCUAAAUUUGUUGCGAGUUGAGGAAAUCAAUCCAGAAUACAUGUUGGAAAGAAGUUUCUUCCAGUUCCAAAACCAAGCGGCCAUCCCAGAUCUUAUAGACAAGGUAAAGGCGAAGCAGAAGGAAUACGACGCGCUCACAAUAGAGCAGGAGCACUCGAUCGCUUCGUACUGCAACGUGCGUUCGCAGCUCGACCUGCUGGGCGCGCAGUUCCGCGCCUUCAUCACGCGGCUGGAGUACUUGAAGCCGUUCCUACAGCCGGGCCGACUUGUCAAGGUUAAAACAGAAAAGUACGAGUACGACUGGGGCAUAAUCGUGAAUUUUAGGCACAAAACUGGCAAAGGAAAAAGGGGGCAGAACGAAAACCCGCUCACAGCAGACACGGUCAUCAUCGUCGAUAUACUGCUCCAUGUCAAGAAAUCCAAACCAGACGACGCUGACCCCAACGCACCUUGCCCGCCGGGAGAGGCAGGCGAUGUAGAAGUAGUACCAGUCCUUCACACCCUUAUAUACCAGAUAAGUUCCCUUCGAGUCUACUAUCCUAAGGAUCUGCGACCGGCGGACAAUCGCAAAUCCGUGCUCAAAACCAUAGGGGAGGUAAAGAAGCGAUUCCCCGAAGGACCUCCGUUGCUAAAUCCUAUUAAGGACAUGAAAAUUGAGGAUUCAGUGUUCAAGGAGUGUGUUGAUAGAAUAAAAGUUUUAGAAGAGAGAUUAUACGCCCAUCCUUUACAUAAAGACAAAAACCGCGGCGCACUAACAGCCGCAUACGAUAAGAAACAGGAAAUAUACGAAGAACUAUCCCAACUUAAGUCCGAACUGAAGAAAGCGAAAAGCAUACUGCAGAUGGAAGAGUUGAAGAAAAGAAAACGUGUUCUACGUCGAUUAGGAUACUGUACAUUAGCUGAUGUCAUAGAACUAAAAGGCAGAAUAGCUUGUGAGUUGAGUAGUGCGGACGAGUUACUGCUAACGGAGCUGAUCUUCAACGGCGUGUUCAACUCUCUGAGCCCGGAGCAGAGCGCGGCGCUCGUCAGCUGCUUCGUGUGCGACGAGAACUCCAGCCAGGCCUCCGCCACCGGGGACGAACUGAAAGGCGUCUUGAGGCAACUGCAGGAAUACGCGCGCCGCAUUGCCAAAGUGUCGAUCGACGCCAAAAUGGACCUAGAUGAGGACGAUUACGUGGGCAAGUUCAAGUGUACGCUGAUGGACGUGGUGCUGUCGUGGGCUAAGGGAGCCAGCUUCUUGCAAAUUUGUAAAAUGACUGACGUCUUUGAAGGUUCAAUAAUCCGAUGCAUGCGUCGCUUGGAGGAAGUAUUGCGGCAGCUGUGUCAGGCCGCUAAGAACAUCGGCAACACGGACCUUGAGAACAAGUUCAGCGAAGGGAUCAAGAUGUUGAAACGAGAUAUCAUCUUCGCUGCUAGUCUCUACAUGUAAACUACUUGAUCAAGUAAAUUUUUUAUGUUAGAUCUU